AUGGCUCCUCUCGCCCCUAUCUUCAAGAGAGCUUACAUCCUCCUCUUCUCAAGCAUUGCUCUCUACUCCUUGGCCUUGAUUGCAGUCGCGAACCCAUGGCUACAACGACAUGUCCUGUAUGUCCACAAGCUUCACACUGCAUGGUGGGUAGACAUCAAUAAGCCAGAGCAGUUUGGAUUUGCAAAAAACCAAAUCACGCCCUUCAACUUCAGUACUCCUGAUGGUGAAACUAUCUACGCCUGGCAUGUAAUGCCCCUGGGACUCUAUGCCAAGCAUGAAUAUGAGAUAUUACAGCAACCAUCCGGUUGUGCAGAGGACAUCACCAAGACCAAGGCAUUCCAGCUUCUCAAGAAUGAUCCGGAUGCCCGUUUGAUUAUAAAUUGCAAGUACCACCAUGGACGUUCGUGUGCCGUUGUUAAUGUGUCUCAGUUCAUGGGGUACAGACCCAAAUCCGAGUCUCGGGAGGCCACAGCUAAUAGCUCCCUCUCCGACGGCAGCACAUCCAACAUCCACAUUCUCGCAUUUGACUACCGUGGCUUCGGCCUCUCAACCGGCACUCCCACCGAAGCAGGUGUAAUAACCGACGGCAUUGCAGCCGUCAACUGGGCCCUCAAUGUCGCUCAAGUCCCCCCCUCCCGCAUCGUCCUCCUCGGCCAAAGCCUCGGCACAGCCGUCACAUCCGCCGUCGCACUGCACUUUGCCCAGCUAUCCAUCGAUUUCGCUGGCGUCGUACUCGUAGCCGGCUUCACCAGCAUCCCUAACCUGCUAACCCAAUACUCCAUCUUGGGUGUUUUACCAAUCUUAUCGCCAUUCGGUAAGCAUCCCAUGCUGCAGCGCUUACUAUCGAGCCAAGUAGUCGAUAGAUGGGAGAGCGCAGAGCAAAUCGCCCAUCUCGUCAAACUGAGCAAGAGACUACGGCUUUUCAUCAUCCACUCCAAAGACGAUCCGGAGAUUCCCUGGACGCAGUCUGAAGGCUUGUUUGCGGCGGCGGCGAACGCGACAACUGAUGGAGGGAUGGGCAUCGAGCUUUUUGAGAAAAUGAAGAAGAGGGGGACGGUUGAGAUGGAGGGUGGGGCAUUUGUCAGUACGUGGAAGGAUGGGGGUGAUCGGAUAAUUAGGGAGGAGAUUGUAGGACAUGGCCAACAUAGCAGGAUCUUGACAUACGCUCCGGUUGCUCUGGCGGCGCUGAAGGCGUUUGGGAUGGAUGAUGGGGGGAUCUGUCCUGGCCACAGCUCCUACAACUCAUCAGACAGCCCCAGAAUGGCAGACGAGCAGAAGGCCAGCACCGCAGCUGGCAAAGGCAAGGGUAAGGGCAAGGACAAGGGCAAAGCCUCCGAAGAACCCACCAACAAUGACCAAGCCGCAGCGCAAGAGUCCGACGACGACGACGACGACGGCGAGCUCGAGGAGCCCACCGCGGCACCAGGCACAGCUCCCAGCACAGUAUCCAAGAAGAAGAAAUCCAAACGAAAGCGCGUCAAGGCAGCUCUAGGCGGUGGAGGCUCCUCCGAGCCCACCAGCUCUGGCUCCCGGGAGGAAAUUAAUAAAGCCGUCGGCUCCCUCGGCGCAGCCCAGAUCCAAGAGAUCCUCAAGAUGAACCCGAGUCUAGCACGACAGCUGGGCAUGGGCGAAGGCACCGAGCUCUCGAACCAGAAGAUCGAGGAGGCGAUGAAGAAGCUGAGCUUGGAGGAGAUUAUGACGGGGCUGGCGAGCUCAGGCAAGAAUGUCAAGGAUAUGGCGAGCUACAAGUUCUGGCAGACGCAGCCCGUGCCGAAGUUUGGAGAGAGCAGCGAGCCGAUUGAGGAGGGCCCUUUCAAGAUUGUGGACAUUGAGAAGGUGUCGAAGGAGCCGGGGCCGCUACUGCCGGGGUUUGAGUGGGUGACCAUGGAUUUGACGAGGGAGGAGGAGAUUCAGGAGUUGUUUGCGUUGCUCUAUGGGCAUUACGUUGAGGAUGACGAGGCGAUGUUUAGAUUUAACUACUCGCAGUCUUUCUUGAGAUGGGCUUUGAUGUGUCCCGGAUGGACGAAGGAGUGGCAUGUUGGUAUUCGCGCCUCGGCCUCACAGAAGCUCGUAGCCUUUAUCUCAGCCAUUCCCGUUGCCCUGCGUGUCCGAAAGAAGACGCUCCAUGCUUCGGAAGUCAACUUCAUGUGUGUACACAAGAAGCUGCGGUCGAAGCGAAUGGCUCCUGUCCUCAUCAAGGAGAUCACUCGUCGAUGCUACCUGCUGAAGACGUGGCAGGCUAUCUACACUGGUGGUGUUGUCCUACCCAAACCAGUCAGCACCUGCAGAUAUUUCCACAGAUCACUUGACUGGCAAAAGCUCAACGAUGUCGGGUUCAGCCCUCUCCCUGCUAACAGUAAGCCCUCCUACCAAGUCCGUAAAUACGCUCUCCCCGACCACACUUCCACCAAGAACCUACGACCUAUCGAAGCCAGGGAUGUCGACGGCGUUCUUUCCUUACUGCAAAGAUACUUGGAGAAGUUCGACAUGGCUCCCGUCUUCACCAGAGAGGAAGUUGAGCACUGGCUCCUCAACAAGCGUGACGAUGCGGACGAUAAAGUCGUCUGGGGCUACGUCGUCGAGGACCCCACCUCGAAGAAGAUCACUGACUUUUUCUCCUUCUACAUCCUCUCCUCCUCGGUAAUCUCUUCCUCAGUACACAAAGAGAUCCGUGCUGCGUACCUCUUCUACUACGCCACCGAGCACGGCCUCGACCCUCAAUACACGCGCUCCGACCUCAAAGUCCGCCUCAACGAGCUCAUACAUGACGCGCUCAUCCUGGCCAAAAAGUUCAAGUUCGACGUCUUCAACGCGUUGACGCUGUUGGACAACACCCUGUUCCUGGAGGACCAGAAGUUUGGGGCGGGCGACGGACAGCUGCAUUACUAUUUGUAUAAUUACAAUACCAAUCCGAUCGCAGGGGGUGUGGAUGCGAAGAAUGUCUUGGAUGAGAAGGGGGGAAGCGGGGUCGGUGUGGUGAUGUUGUAG